UGGGGCUUUUGCUAGAUUGUUCUACUGAAAUAACUAUUCCCUCAGUGAUCCGUACUGCGUGUUGUGUGCUUGAGUAAGUCAGUAAUACAAAAACUGUCGAAAUGGUGUUGAAAUCAAGCAAAAUGUACGUCUUCAAGCGAGACGGGCGCAAGGAAGAAGUUCACCUGGAUAAGAUCACUUCGAGGAUACAGAAGCUAUGCUAUGGCCUGAAUAUGGACUUUGUUGAUCCGGUUACAAUCACUCUGAAGGUCAUAAGUGGAAUUUACUCCGGCGUAACCACGCAAGAACUGGACAAUUUGGCCGCCGAGACAGCUGCUACUAUGACAACAAAUCAUGCCGAUUACGCGAUCCUUGCAGCGCGCCUUGUUGUGUCGAAUCUGCACAAGGAAACAAAGAAACAAUUUUCCGACGUUAUGCACGAUCUGUACAUGAUGGAGAACGAAUGCCUGAAAAUAAAGUCUCCAAUGAUCUCGGAUUUUCACUACAAAGUGAUCAUGGACAAUGCGGAUCGGCUGAACUCGGCGAUAGUGUACGAUCGCGAUUUUAGCUACAACUACUUCGGCUUUAAAACGUUGGAACGCUCGUAUUUGUUGAAGAUCAAGGGCAAAAUCGUUGAGCGUCCACAGCACAUGCUGAUGCGUGUGGCCAUCGGUAUCCACGGCGAGGACAUUGAGGCGGCCAUCGAGACGUACAAUCUGCUGUCGGAGCGUUACUUCACGCACGCGUCGCCUACCCUGUUUGCGGCGGCCACUCCGCGUCCGCAGCUUUCGUCCUGCUUUCUGUUGACCAUGUCGGACGACAGUAUCGAGGGCAUCUACGAUACGCUCAAGCAGUGCGCAUUGAUCUCGAAAUCGGCCGGAGGCAUCGGGCUGAACGUGCACUGUAUCCGGUCCAAGGGAACGUACAUCCGGGGAACGAAUGGCAUCUCCAAUGGGCUGGUGCCGUUGCUGCGCGUCUACAACAACACGGCACGGUACGUGGAUCAGGGCGGUAACAAGAGGCCGGGUGCAUUCGCCAUCUACCUCGAACCGUGGCACGGAGAUGUGUUUGAGUUUUUGGACCUAAAAAAGAACACUGGUAAGGAGGAGGUGCGCGCCCGAGACAUGUUUUACGCACUCUGGAUUCCCGAUCUGUUCAUGAAGCGUGUCGAGGCGAACGAGAUGUGGAGCUUAAUGUGCCCGCACGAUUGUCCCGGGCUGGCUGAAUCGUGGGGCGAGGAGUUUGAAAAGCUGUACACGGGAUACGAACAGGAGGGGCGUUUCAUUCGCCAGGUUAAGGCACAAGAUUUGUGGUUCGCGAUCAUCGAAUCGCAGGUGGAAACAGGCGUCCCGUACAUGCUGUACAAGGACGCGUGCAACCGGAAGAGCAACCAGCAGAACGUCGGAACGAUCAAAUGUUCGAACCUGUGCACGGAGAUUGUUGAGUAUUCGUCGAAGGACGAAAUCGCGGUGUGCAACCUGGCGUCGAUUGCACUCAACAUGUUCGUGAAACCGGAUCGGACGUAUGAUUUCGCAAAGCUGAAGCACGUGGCCAAGACUGUGACGUGCAAUCUGAACAAGAUCAUCGACGUCAAUUUCUAUCCGGUGCCGGAGGCGAAACGUUCCAACAUGCGUCACCGACCGAUCGGGAUCGGCGUCCAGGGGAUGGCCGAUGCGUUCAUUUUGAUGCGCCUACCGUACGAAAGCGAAGGGGCACAGAAGCUGAACCAGCAAAUUUUUGAAACCAUCUACUACGGUGCACUGGAAGCGAGUUGCGAGCUGGCCGAGAAGGACGGUCCGUACGAAACGUACGCCGGAAGUCCAGUUAGCAAGGGCAUCUUGCAGUAUGACAUGUGGGACAAGAAGCCAACGGAGCUGUGGAAUUGGACCGAGCUGAAGGCAAAGAUUGCGAUCCACGGGGUCCGGAACUCCCUGCUGCUCGCACCGAUGCCAACCGCAUCGACGGCACAGAUAUUGGGCAACAACGAGUCGUUCGAACCGUACACAUCGAACAUCUACAAUCGCCGGGUGCUGUCGGGUGAAUUCCAGGUGGUCAACCAUCACCUGCUGAAGGAUCUGACCGAGCUGGAUCUGUGGGACGAGGAUAUGAAAAACCAAAUCCUGGCGCACAACGGAUCGAUACAGCAGAUCGAGGAGAUACCGCAGCACAUCCGCGAUCUGUACAAAACGGUGUGGGAGAUCUCGGUGAAAACCUGCAUCAAGAUGGCCGCGGACCGUGGUGCCUUCAUCGAUCAGUCGCAAUCAUUCAACAUUCACGUGGCGGAACCAAACUACGGCAAGCUAACGUCGAUCCACUUCUACGGCUGGAAGAUGGGUUUGAAGACCGGCAUGUACUACUUGCGCACGAAGCCGGCGGUGAACGCGAUCCAGUUCACGGUCGACAAGUCGAAGCUGCAGGGUUCGACUAGUCAGCAGCUGAACGCAAGCCGCCAAUCAAUGAACGGUACAGCUGAAGUUAGCCUGGCUGAAGGGUCGCCUCCGACCGCCCAAAUGCAACGUUCGCUGAUCAACGGUAGCAACAGCAGCACUCCUCGCCGCCCUGCGAAUGAAGCGAACGGAACGGACCAGGAGUCCCAGAUGAAUGGCUCGAUGGCGGACCGAAACCAGCGAAUGGCGGAGAUGGUCUGCUCGCUGGAAAAUAGGGACGACUGUAUGAUGUGCGGAUCGUAGAACGGUUCCGUACCGGGUUUUUUGUGAGUUGUGCUGCACAUUCGCACCAUUUUAUUUGUAUCGCACCCAUUUUACGAAUUGUUUUAUAUCACCCCCUACGUUUAGUAC